AUGUCUUCAUUCUUACCUGUGAAUAAUAUCUCAUCGCCACCAGACCGCGUCAUGGAGGAAGCGACGACGUCUUCCACCCCUCGCCCCCAUCCCAAGCCUGACACCAUACAAUCCAUGGGCGCCGCCCAUGACGAGCCUACGCCCCGGAAUGUUAGCAUCGACGAUUCUCACCAUGCCGACUCCCAGGGGAGCGCAUCGCUAACCUCAGAGGAUCCCGUGCACGGUGACUCGGACGAAGGCUCCGACCAUGAGGCGGAAAAUAAGGGAGGUGCACCACCCUCGAAGAAGAAAAAGGGACAACGGUUCUACUGCACGGACUUUCCGCCAUGUAACCUGAGCUUUACCCGAAGUGAACAUCUCGCACGACAUAUUCGCAAGCACACGGGGGAACGCCCGUUUCAGUGCCACUGCUCACGUCGCUUCUCUCGACUCGAUAACCUCCGACAGCAUGCUCAGACUGUACAUGUCAAUGAGGAGAUUCCUGGCGACUCUCUCGCGGCCACUGGGACACGCUUUCAGCGCCAAAUCCGGACCGACCGUGUGCGCCCCCAGGGUCGAGCCCGAGCAGGCACCGCAGGCAGCCAGGGAACCCAUAGCAGAGGUCACAGUCGAAACUUGUCCGCGUCCAGUAUCACGUCAACUGCUUCUACAUUUAGUCAGCCCCAGGAGUUGCGCCGUCGACCUGCACCCUUGAUGAUGGCAAACGAUAGAGCGCGUCUGAUGGACACGAUGGACGCCCCUAGCACUCCCCCAGCUCGGGGGCUCCCUGGUCCGACAGCGGGUGGAUCUCCCUAUACGCCGUCCCAUCAUAUCUUCUCGGCCGGUGGCAACGGCAGUCCGCACGUAGCGUCGCCUAUCUCCACCGCGUCGCAGGCCUCGGGCUUCUGGGAAGGCAAGACUGCCGCCCGCCGUCUAUCGGUUCCCACGGGUGCGAACCCGUUCGCGUCGCAGCAUGUCAACGUCUAUCCUCCUGGCUACGUCGCGACCCAAGCAUACCCUCCCCAUGGCAGCGUCUACGCGAGCCCUGUCGCCUCAUCCCACUCACUCGCCCGCGACGAAACCAGUCACAGUGCUACCGAUGCCGAUCUUCGGAGACGAACGUGGCAUCCUUCAACCUGGUCUACGGUGCCUCGGCCUGCUACGAGUGGCCUUAGCAACUAUCAGACACCUGAGGUGUUCAAGCCGUCGUUUAGCAACGGAUCGGCCGAGCAGCCGCCGCGGCUGCCAGGCAUUGAGAGCUUCGACAAGGUGGUGGCCCAGCGACCCUUGACUCCUCCAGUUCGCCGGUCGAGUCCGAUGCAAAUCGACAACCCUAACAAGCCGCCUCCGAAUUAUAACUUCGGGGGGGGAUUCAACUAUACCCAGCCUGCUAAACGACCGGCACCGCCGAUCUCUGGUCCUGGGCAUCGACGAGGCCACGUCUCGUGGGACAUGUCAUUGCACACCAACCUCACCGGACUGCACAUCCGAGAUAAGCCGGCGCAGCGGGACGCAUCGAACUGGAGCCAGCAAACCAUCGCCGAGCUUCACAAUGUGGGUUCUCGCCCGUCGUCCUCUUAUCAGCAACAGUUCCAAGAAUACCGAGGGCAUGGACACGCUCCCUCGUACAGCAACGCUACCUCGAGCUCUCAGGCGACGCGGACUUCGCCUGAGGACUCCAGUAGCAGCGAAGGGGUUCACACCCCCUCCACGGCAUCUCUCGAGUACCAUCCGGCCAUUGUGCACAACAACGGAUACGUGGAGCCGCAUCACCCCCCAUUUUCCUCCGAUACAUCUCAUGCAGCUUGCCCCCCUCUUCCUCCUCCGUCCGAUAGUUACCACGGCAAACAUGACCCACGGUCCGAAUUCCUCCCGCACUCUGCACGAGAACCUGGAAUGGGUCGACUAGAGGCGCUGGUUGCUGUUGCUACGAGUGAGAAUAAAGGCGCUGCCAAGCUGUUCCUCUAA